UGUUUACAUUUUUUCUUAGGUAAUUAGACACGCAUUUCAAAUUUUAAGUCCUUCUAAUAUCAACUCCAGAGAUUUCAUACUUUCGUCCAACAGCAUCUCUCGAGACGUCAUAUGUAAAAGAAAAAACACUAAAAAAAAACAAAAAAACAAAACAAAACAGGAUGUACGGAGGCUACGCGUUAGUGUAUUCUCCAUGUAAAUCCUGUCUCUUGAGAAAACUCCUAACCAUGAAUUUGCGCUGCGGAACCGAAAAUGCUAACUGGACGCGCCUCGCCCACUAUUUAGACCUUUAAACCAUUUCUUAGCGGGUGUUUAUCAAACCAAGAACUGCAGAUGAGCUGCACCAUCACCUAGACCAUACGGUUCAUACAGAUUUGCUGUUUUUGGCGAAAAGAAAAUGAUUACGCUCACAUUUCUGUCUGUGACAUGGACUCUUGUCAUACUGGUGAUCACCCUUCUUCUUAUCUACGGUGUUUGGCCGUAUGGAUUUUUUAAAAAACUUGGGAUCCUAGGACCAAGGCCUUGGCCCUUCAUUGGAACCUUUCUGUCUUACACAAAGGGUUUCUACAAUUUUGAUACGGCGUGUUUUAAGAAAUAUGGAAAAGUUUGGGGGAUCUAUGAUGGGAGGUUACCAAUUCUUAUGGUCUUAGAUCAGGAAAUGAUCAAAGCCAUUAUGGUGAAAGAAUGUUACUCUGUUUUCACUAAUAGAAGGGAAACAAACAUGGAUUUGGCUGGCCCCUUUGCUGACGGGAUAACCAUUGUAAAAGAUGAGAAGUGGAAACGGAUCCGUGGUUCGCUCUCUCCGUUCUUUACAAGUGGAAAACUAAAGGAGAUCUUUCCAUUAGCUGAGAAAUAUGCAGAUCGCUUCAUUGACAGUCUGAAGAAGAGAAACCCAGAAGAGGCCAUUAAAAUUAAAGACGUCCUUGCUCCCUACUCCAUGGACGUUGUUGCCAGUUCCUCCUUUAGUGUGGACAUUGAUUCUAUAAACAACCCAAAUGACCCUUUUGUCACCCACAUCAAGAAAAUUUUCAGCUUCAGUUUCUUCAGUCCUUUAUUCCUGAUUAUAACUCUAUUCCCAUUUGUUGUUCCACUUUUAGCUAAACUAGGAGUGACUUUAUUUUCUAAGUCAUCUGUGGAUUUUUUCUACAGUGCCCUGAAGAAGAUAAAAGACCAGCAUAACAAUGAUAAUAGCCGAGUGGAUUUCCUGCAGCUCAUGAUCCAGAGCCAAAUUUCUGAUUCCCAAGCGGAGCAGGCUUCCAAUGAGCAUCUUUCCAAAGGUUUAACUGACCAUGAGAUUCUUUCUCAGUCCUUUAUCUUCAUACUGGGAGGGUAUGAGACUACCAGCGUCACUCUCACUUAUCUUCUGUAUAAUGUUGUGACUAAUCCAGACUGCAUGACCAAGCUGGUGGAGCAGAUCGACAAAGUCUUUCCUCUUGACGCUCCAAUGACUUACGACACACUGAUGAAGUUCGAGUACCUGGACAUGGUCAUCAAUGAGUCCAUGCGGCUUCUCCCUACUGCCCCCCGUCUGGAGAGGGUCUGUAAGAAGACCAUAGAGAUCAGUGGGAUCACCAUACCUAAACAAACUCUGGUGGCUAUCCCCACGUAUGUGCUGCACAGGGACCCACAGCUCUGGGAGGCACCUGAGGAGUUCAGGCCAGAGAGGUUCAGUCCAGGAAAUGACAUCAGCCCCUACGCUUUCAUGCCCUUUGGCCUUGGGCCACGCAACUGUGUGGGAAUGAGGUUUGCUCUGAUGAUCAUGAAAGUGGUGGUGGUGAAGUUGCUUCAGAACUUCAGCAUGGAGACAUGCAAAGAGACACAGAUUCCUAUUCAACUGAAUGCUCUCUUUCAACCUAAAGUUCCUGUGACUCUGAAGUUUAUACCAAGAUCUGAGAAGGUUCCACUUGAAGCAUAAGUAUCGCUGGAUUAUUUUAUGAGAAAUUAUUUGCCUAGAGUAGAGAUUCACCUACAUAUACACUAUCGCCCUUGAAUUCAUGAUGGUGUGUUUUAUUUAUAUAUUAUAAUGCUAUAUUUAGGAUGAUCAUGCUUACAUACUUUGGGUGCUGCAGUAGCAAAUAUUGACCAUAGUGCAUGCAUAAUAUGCAUAAUUACACACUCACAUAGUGCAAAGACAGAAGUAUAUUAUAUAAAGUGUCUGACGCAUCCAAAGUAGAAGACACCAGACCAAACAAAAGAAGAAUUAAAUGAUGUGUAUAUUAUCAACAAUUAAUGUAAGAAAAUGGACAAAACUAGAGUAAAUAGGUAAAUAAAUUAGUGCACUGUAUUUUGUAUUUGUUGUUGAUGUGUGCAUAAUAUCUGAACACAGUCCCAUUACACUGUGAUCAAAUUGCAAUAUAUUUCUGUCUUUCCCAGCUAUUUGGCCUGUAUUUUAAUUUAGUUCUAUAAAGCUUUGAUGAAGUGUAGUAAUGUGUAUUUUAAAUUGCUGUAAUUCUGGUGAGCCUGAUCUCCAGACUGUAAACCUGAUCUAUAAAUUAAGUGUUAACACCAGGCUCCCAGUGGAACCUUGAGGUGUGUGAUGGUCUAGAAGAGAAUAGUAAAAUACUAAAAGGAUGUAUUACUGCCAUUAGUGCCACACCGUGACCCCAUCCAUAGACAGUAAAUGUGUAUUUCUUAUCUUGCCUGUAGCACCACUAUUGAAGCAUGUUGGAUUAAUCUCGUGUUAGACUUUAUCAGAGGUCACAACACUGCUAUUUUCCGAGAGAUUGCAUAGCUUUGUCUAUUUGGAAUCAUUCUGGUGAAUAAAAUGCUUUUCCUAA